AUGUCGUUGAAUGAAAAUACUGAUAUGAUAAUCACAAAAUCCAAGUGUGAGUGUGUAGAUAACGAAGAGGAAAAAGAUGCAUCAUCCAAUUUCGACACGGAGUCUGUAGUCAAAACAGAACGAAAUCAAGUCUUUGAGAUAAAAAAAGAUGGCCCCAACUUUCGUGGAGUUGGCACGUAUGGUGCAGCAAUUUUAAUUGCGAAAUCGCAAUUGGGAUUAGGAGUACUUGGUUUGCCCAGUACUUUCAACUCCUUGGGUUUCCUACCAGGUGCCCUUUCACUAGUUUGCUUAUGUUUGUUGAGCACAUACACCGGCCUUGUCAUUGGGAAAUUUCGAAACAAGCAUCCUCAUAUCUAUUGCAUUGAUGACGCUGCUUACAUGUUAUUUGGUCCUAUUGCACGUGAGAUUAUGGGUUGGGGUUUCUGGCUCUUUUACACGCUUUGCUAUGGUUCAGCAUUGCUCACGAUCUCCAUCGCUUUUAAUUCAUUAACAGGGCAUCCCAUGUGCACUGUUAUUUGGGUGGUUAUCGGUGCAAUAGUAUCCUUUAUUCUUGGUGCUUCAAUCAGAACAAUGAGGGUAUUAUCGUUUAUGGGAUACUUUGCCAUGUCAAGUAUUCUUCUCGCAGUGUGGACCGUAGCAAUAGCAUGUCUUACUCAAAAAGUUCCUGCAGCAGCACCUCUUGAACAGCCAACAAAUAAAUUAAUAAGAGUUGCAGCCACGGGAGUUCGUUUUAGUACAAUAGCAUCUGCUAUUGCAAUUCAGUUCUUUUCAUUAUGUGGAACAGCAUCCUUCUUCUCAAUACAAGCAGAAAUGAGGGAUCCAAGGCAAUAUGGUAAAUCACUUCUCAUGGGACAAGCAUUGGUGAUGUUCAAUUACAUCGUUCUUGCCAUUAUGAUUUAUGCCAAAGUUGGUCAAUACGUAGCAUCUCCUGCACUAGGCUCUGCUGGUGACCUAUUCAAAAAGAUUGCUUAUGGUAUAGCACUCCCUGGUUUGUUCUGGUCUUCAUUCUUCACUGCCCACCUUGCAGCAAAAUACUCCCUCAUCCGAAUCUUGAGAGGUACCAAACAUUUACAAAGCAACACCAAAAUUCAUUGGAUUACCUGGCUCGGGAUGAUUACCAUUGUCAGCGCUGUUGGGUUUGUAAUCGCUGGGGCAAUUCCAUUUUUCAACAAUUUGGUAGCUUUAACUGGUGCACUAGUCGGCACGUCUUUCACGCUUUUCAUCCCUGCUUGUUUAACAUUGUAUGAAAUAGGGCAUCACAAACAUCACGAGCGUGAUCUGACUCUCACAUGGAUUAAACACUCAUGGAGUGAAUUACAUAAUCACAAAUUCACUGCCACCUUGUCAAUAUUCUGCAUCGCAGUAGCGAUCUUUAUUUGCGUUGGUGGUCUCUAUGGUGCCAUAUCCUCCACAGUCGAAGCUUACGCGAAUGGAACCGUUGAUCGCGCAUUUUCUUGUGCCAACAAUGCUUAA